AUAAGGCAACCAGCAACAUUUUGAUGGAACCGGAAUGGAACACCAUUCUACAAAUAUGCGAUCUUGUUCGCCAAGAUGAUGUUCAGGAUUUUGCAGCAUUUUAACAGAUUAGGGAGAAGGGUUUACGCUAAAUCAUUGCCGAGUUGCUUGAGGAGGUGCUGAAAAGGAUAUACAAACAAUAAAUAAAAUGCAAGAUAUGGGGAGAGUGAUAUUUAAUUAAAACGUUAAUAACAAAAACAAUCAGAUCUAAAUUCAAAAUAGCGUUGCCCUCUUAAUCACACAGGAACAGCUCUAGAGACUUCAUUGAUUACAAGGAGGGAAAAAAGGGCUAAGUAUUGAAAACCUUCCAAAAUAUGUACUCACUUUGUUCUUUUACAAUUUCACAUUAGGUAUAAUACUUUUCAACUGCUACAACAACACAGGAGAAUUUUAUUUCCCUCUUAAUCGUGACUUUACACAGACGGUUAUGCAACGGAUCCCAUUCACGCAAAAGGCUCACUGUGCGAAGACUAUGGGCGUUUGCCGUUUAAGCCAGGACGUAACCUGUUUCAUCAUAACAAUAUAGGGACCGAAACAGGUUAUGGCCUCAAUUAAGAAGAAACUAUACGCUCCGAAUCCCCAUACAGCGCUGUACGCACUUCAGGUGUUAGAAAGUCUAGUCAAAAACUGUGGAAAUGUAAUUCACGAGGAGCUGACUUUGAAAGUCAACUGUGACAUGCUGCACGAUCUGGCCAAAACAACCCAACACGAAAACGUGCGCCAGAAACUGCUAGAGCUGAUUCAAACGUGGACUUUCGCCUUUCGAAAGAAUCCGAGACAUAGCGCCUUAAAGGAUGUGAUGAAUUUAAUGAAAGCGGAAGGCUACAAGUUCCCGACGCUGCGCGAGAGCGACGCGAUGUUCACUGCGGAUUCUGCGCCCGAAUGGGUCGACGGUGAGGUCUGCCAUCGGUGUCGUUCCGGUUUCAGUUUAAUAUCACGCAAGCAUCACUGUCGCAACUGCGGGCAGGUGUUUUGCCAUCAGUGUUCGCAGAAGCAAAUCGCAUUGCCACAGUUUGGUAUCGAGAGAGAGGUCCGUGUCUGUGACGCCUGCUAUGAGCAAGUUACCAAACCGUCAACGGUCGCGAAAAAAGUUUCAAUUGCGAAGCAAGACGAUUCGGAAUUGCCGGCGGAAUAUCUCAACAGUUCGUUGUCGCAGCAAAGCCAGCUACCUCCUCGCAAAUCAGAAGAGGAACUGCGCGAAGAAGAGGAGCUGCAAUUGGCGCUUGCGUUGAGUCAGUCCGAAGCAGAAGCUAAGGAAAAAUUUAAACCAUCAAUUGUGGCACCUGUAGCGGCCGUCAAAGUCGAAGCACGCCAACCUGAACGUACACCAUCCCCGGCCGAAGGUCAAGUACUCAGUCCCGAGUUAGCUCGCUACCUCAAUCGAUCUUAUUGGGAGAAUCGCCAGUCGGACGCUCCAGAGGCGAAUCGUCCAACAAGCCCUUCCGCUCCGGCUACGGCUCCAGUCCAAAUCACUGAAACCAAAUUCCACGAGAACGGAUUGAUGAAUGGCGAGCUGCACGACUUUAUCAACACGCUAAAGUCGCAAGUGGAAAUUUUCAUCAAUCGAAUGAAAAGCAACUCGAGCCGCGGACGAUCGAUAGCAAACGACAGUAGCGUUCAAACUUUGUUUUUAAACAUUACUGCAAUGCAUUCGCAAUUGUUACGUUACAUUCAGCAGCACGACGACAGCCGUUUGUACUACGAGAGAUUGCAAGAUAAGCUCACGCAGGUUAAGGACGCGAGGGCGGCGCUCGACGCGCUUCGAGACGAACACAAGGACAAGCUGCGCAGACAGGCGGAAGAGGCGGAACGGCUGCGGCAACUGCAGAUGGCGCACAAGCUCGACAUUAUGCGCAAAAAGAAGCAGGAGUAUUUGCAGUACCAAAGACAGCUCGCCCUGCAACGCGUCCAGGAGCAGGAGCGCGAGAUGCAGAUGCGACAGGAACAGCAAAAGCAGCAGUACCUGAUGGGAUCGGGUUACGGGACGUACAAAGGUUCUCCCGUUCAUUCACAGUACGGACCUCCGACUGGGUAUCGUACAUAUCCGUACGACAUGCCCAUGAUGAUGCCAGGGCCGCAGGGAGUACCUAUGGGGCAUCCGUCGUUGCAGGCACCGGCAAUGGUCGCAGGAAUGCCACCAGGUCUACCAACACAAGCCGGCAUGCCACCCCAAGCCCCUCCAACCGGCGUACCAUCCCAAGGACCGCCACCAAACAUGCAGCCUCAAGGACCGCCUCCAAAUAUGCAGCCUCAAGGACCUCUGCCCGGCCAUACCGCCCAAGGUCCUCCUCCCGGCUUGCCCACGCAAGGUCCUCAACCCGGUUUGGCCCCUCAAGGACUGCCGCCCGGAUUACCACAGCAACCGUCGCAGCAAACCGGUUUGUCGCACCAACAGGGACUGCCCCCUACGCAUCCCGCUCUAAACGCGAGAGCCGUACCUCAGCAUUCGGCGGCUCCCGUCGGAAUUCCGCAACAUUUUCAGCAGCCCGGCGCGCCGCCCGCGAGCCCGCAGGUGCCCCAACCACAGCAGAACGGAGAUGCGCAAACAGCCGAACUGAUCAGUUUCGAUUAAAUGCUUAUUAGAUGCUAAUUUCUUCAUUAUAUUAUUAUAUACACUGCAGAAUUAUUCCAUUUUUACUCCUUGCUUUAAUUAUAUAUGUGAUGAAACACAUUAGUCUUAAAUGUGUACACGUUUUAAAGAAAUUGUAAUUAAAAAAGAUUGUAAACAAUAAAUUUAUUUAAAGAU